AUGGGAUCCUCUCGGCAACGUCAAGUUACUAUUCUUAAUAUGCUGGAGUACAUGGGGGCCUGGGAAUGGUAUGAUGGCCAAGUACAACUGGCCCAAAGGACGAUCUCCACCAAGAAGGGACAGCCCGUGGAUCGUCGAGGAGCUGCAAUCCAUGUACUGAAUGAGAUGCAGACCACUCGAAGGAGUGUGGAAGACCAGGGAAGGUGGAUAAGCGGGGUUGGAACGGUUGCGUUGAACCAAAGUGAAGCAGGCCACGAGCUUCCGGGCAGUCCGGUCAGCCUUGCUGAGAGUGACCAGCGCCAGCGGAGGAAACUGAUCAGCAUGCAACUUAGCAGAGGCCAGAAGCUAAGCACGAAGCUGACUAAAAACCUAGGAUUUGGGAUACUGUUCAGCAAAAAAAACUGGGAAUAUACUAAGAUGAGCAUGAGGCGUCUGGACGACCUUAUUAAUUCUAUACAAGCAGACCCCCAACACAUGAGGCUACUUCAGAUCCUUGGCCUCCAACUAGAGCGCCUUGUAAGCAGUGGCUGGCCCGACUUUCGUGAUUUUAUUACCCGUCUAAUAGGCGGGGGGCUGAUUUCAGAAGACGAGGCUCGGGAAUUGCGAACUACCUUCCCAUUAGAGGACGAAGCUCUUCCCGCUGGAAAACUAGAUACUGCCAUAGACCAGUUGGUUGAAGGAGUCAAGGCCAGAGUGUUAUGCCAAACCAUACUUAGCCCCAACGACACUUUGGCCGUGAAUGGAAGCAUGGAGCUGGAAUGUACAAUACUUCAACACCUCCGUCCAGGCGUACGGCUCGAUGCAUGGACAAUCCUGGCGGCCAUGCAGAUAUCUGACCGGCCAGCAUUUGUUCAACACGACAAAAGCAUUCCUCUCGAUGAGAUUAUUGCGAUUGAACCAGUAAAGCGAAUCCGACCCUUCAAACGGCCGCUAGCGGCAUGGGCCAAGAAGAUUUCAAAAUACCGACGACAAGCUAAAGAAACGUUUGGGGACGUUAUUCCAUUGGUUUUCUUCUGUCCUAUUAACCACACAGACAGCCACUACACGUUACUUGAGAUUAAUGAACGGGAGCGAGUGAUUCGUCAUUACGAUUCGCUAGCUGAUCGAGGCGCUGUUAACCAGACCCGGAUGUCGAGAUUGGUCCAGGAAGAAUUUGGGGCCCUAAAGUUCUCCUACCAAGAAGCUCCUACUCCGCAACAGAAUGAUGCUUGGAGUUGUGGUAUUAGAGUCGUCUGGACUUUCCAACGCUUGUCGAAUGGUCUUCCGAUCGGUGGGUGGAAUAAGUCACUUGUGUUGAAGAAAAUGCCAUGGAAAGAUAUAGACGUUAACGGGGUCAGCUAA